CAUCCCAUCGCAUCCCAUCCCAUCCCAUCCCAUCCCUAGUAAGCCUGUACGACUCCGACACCCACUUCCCUACUCUUUCUCUCUCUCUCUCUCUCUAGCAUAUGGAUGCCAUAAUUGACAAUCGACGCAGCAGCAGAGAUUUUUGCAGCACUCACAACACAACACAACACGACACCCCCAAAAAGUCACUGCAGAUUUCUUCCUCGAUAAUUUCCAUAUUCUAUUUACUUUGAGAUGAACUCGUGAUUCUCGCAAUUUCCACUUCCAAAUUCCUCUAACCUUCUGCAUCAAUGGCUAAUUACCGGUGUUGCUACGACAGAGACGAGACGCAUCUGCCGCCGGGCUUCCGCUUCCAUCCCACGGACGAGGAACUCAUCACCUUCUACCUCCUCAAGAAGGUUCUGGACUCCAAUUUCACCACCCGCGCCAUCGCCGAGGCCGAUCUCAACAAGUCCGAACCCUGGCACCUCCCAGGGAAAGCGAAGAUGGGGGAGAAGGAGUGGUACUUUUUCAGCCUGCGCGACCGGAAAUACCCGACCGGUUUACGGACGAACCGGGCGACGGAGGCGGGUUACUGGAAGGCGACCGGCAAGGAUCGCGAGAUUUACAGCUCCAAAACAUGCGCGCUGGUAGGGAUGAAGAAAACCCUAGUUUUUUACCGCGGGAGGGCCCCCAAGGGGCAGAAAACUAACUGGGUUAUGCACGAGUUUCGCCUCGAAGGCAAGCUCGCUUAUCAGUAUUUCUCUCGAAAUUCCGAGGACGAGUGGGUGAUCUCGCGAGUUUUUGAAAAGACCGGCGCCGGCAGCUCAGUCGGCGGCAAGAAGAGGCCUUCUGACGGCGUGGCGGAGGUCAGCUCGCCGUGUUCGGCUUCACUGCCGCCGCCUGCCGACUACUGUUCCUACGACUCCAGCUCCAAGGAGCACGUGUCCUGUUUCUCCAUGGCCGCACCGCCAAGUUUCAGCCGUAGCUCGCUCUCGGAGCUCCCGCCGUCGUACGCGGUGAUGCAUUAUCCGGCGUCGCCUCCAUCGUCGUCGAGUUCGCGAUUCGCGAAGCACAACGCUAGCUUCGCUGCGUUUCCCACACUGAAGUCGCUGCAGGAAAACCUCCAUCUGCCUUUGGUCUAUCCCGCCGCAGCUCCGCCUCCGCCGCACGUGGAUGGAGAUCAUCAUAUGUUCGUCGACGGGAGUUUUGCCCAGUGGCCGCCGGUGGAGGAGCACAAGGUUUGCGGCACUGAGCUGGACUGCAUGUGGAGUUAGUUAGUUCACUUCGUUAUUACGUUUAGUUUAAUUACCGUUAAUUAUGCUUAAUCUAAACUCUCAACUUUCUCUAGGGUUUGCCUUUUAUUUAAUAUUCAUGCAUGCAAUAUAUUAGUAUAUCAUUGCUGCAUGUAAGUUGAAUUUGGUUCGAUUAUGCAAUUUGUUUCCUAUCUUCUCUAUU